AUGGAUUCUAUAAAAAUAGUAAUACCAUCAUCAUCAUCAUCCCCCUCACCAACUUUUAAUAAUAAUAAUAGUAGUAGUAGGGAUAAAUUUAGUAGUAGUAGUAGUUGUUUAAUUAAAAGAAAACAUAUUAAAGUCAAAUCAUCAACAAGUGGAAAAACAAGUUUUGUUGUAGUUUCCACAAUCACCAUAUCAAUCCUUACAAAUAAUAAUCAUUUCUCUAGUGGAUCUUUUGAGAUCACUUUCAAGGUGGCUUCUUUUUUCAACAAACUAUCAAGUUCUUUGAGUGAGAUUUCAGUAACAUCUCACAAAAAGAAAAAAAAGGUUGAUCAACAACAACAACAACAAGGGGAUUUAUCACCAUCGGCACCAUUAUCACCAAUCACAUUACCUUCAAAAAAACUAUUUGGAUCCAGUCCAAAAGUAUCUCUUCGUUCAUCAGCAUCAUCAUUAUAUAAUAGAGAAUUAAUAUCAUCCUCCACUUCCUCUUCCACAUCAUCAUCAUCACCAUCCAAUAAUAGUCAUAUGUUUAACAACAACAGACAAUCAUUCUUUCGUUCGAGUUUUAAUGGAUUACGUAGAAAGUUUUCCAUUUCAAUUUCUGGAUCUGAUAGUGAUGGAUCGACUUCCUCUGACGAAGAUCAAGGUCAAGGUGGAAUCAGUGACAUGUUUGGUCUAACCCGUUCAGUUUCCAUAUCAUCAACCCCUUCCUACGAUGAUUUGAGUGGUAGUCCACUCUCAUUCUCCACAUCUUCAUCUAGAUCCAAUAGUAUGGAUGAAUUCUAUUCGGAUAUGAGAUCUGGGUCUCCAGCUCUUUCAUCGGCCAAUUCUACUCCAACAUUUCGUUCCGUACAAAUGCAUAAUUUCUAUUUAAUGAAUCACUUCCCCGAGGAAGUUGAAUUAAAUAUCAUCUCUCGAUUACAUUUCACCGAUAUUCUCUCACUAUCAAUGGUCAACAAACAUUUUAAUAGACUUGCAAAUGAACGUACUCUCUGGAAACAACGUUGUCAAGAUAACAAAUGGGAAAUUACAAACAAAUUCGAUCCAAUCUUUGAUUUUAAAUCUUAUUUUUUGGAAAAAACUUCUAUUACCUCUGACAAUUGUUUUAAAUGGUCAGUACCAAAAUUUGUUGGAUCUCUGCCAAGUAAAAGAUUCAAACAUACAGCAACAUUUGUAAACAAUAAGAUUAUAUUUAUUGGUGGCCAGGAAUCAGAUACCAAGAGAUUCAACGAGAUUAUUUAUUAUGAUACCGAGACACAUAACUUUACCAAACCAAUUAUCAAGGGUGACUUGGUUCCUAACUUUUCACGUCAUUCUGCUAGUUUGGUAGGUAACAAUAUCUAUGUGUUUGGAGGAUUCGAUGGUAAAGGUACCAACUAUGACUUGGCUGUAUUCAACACUGUCACUAAACUGUGGACCAAUAUUCCAAAGUCAUUCCUCGGUGGUCAAUGUCCAGUCUCGAGAACCAACCAUGCAUCCGUGUCGGUUGGCCACAAAGUUUAUAUCUUUGGAGGCAACAAUAACGACGAGAAUGGAAGAUACCAGGUGCUUGACGACUUGCAUGUAUUGGAUACUGUCACCAUGACAUGGGAGCAACCAGAGGUCACUGGGAAAAAACCAUGCUCUCGAUCGGGUCAUUGUAUGACUGCAAUCGGUACCAAGUUGUUUUUGUUUGGUGGUGGUAUUUGGAAUGAAUCACAAGGAUGGACCGACAAAUUCAACGAUAUUCAUGUGUUUGACACUGAGACGAAUCAUUGGUCCAAGCCUGUUACGACUGGUGAUGUUCAAACCAGUACUUUUGCCAUAUCAUUUGCUAUUGGUCGCUUUUUAUUCAUCUUUGGUGGUGGCUCGAAACCACGUCAUUGUGUGACCAACGAUAUUUACAUUCUCGAUACCGAUAAUUUUAAUUGGAGUGUUCCUGCAAUCGAAGAACCACGUCCACCCGCCAGAGACAUGGGUACAGCCUGUGUUGGCAAUGGUGAUGUAUUUUUCAUGGGAGGUUAUGCUGGUGGUGCCAUCGAUUAUUUCAAUACUUUAAAAAUCAAUUACAAAUCAAUUAGUAAAUUAACAGAUAAUAAUCGUAAUCAAAAUAAUAAGAAUAAUGUUUUAAAAUAUAUUACCAAUAACAAAGAAAGUAGAAGAAAUAGUAAUAGUAAUAAUAAUAUGGAAUAUGAUUUUGGUGAAGAUGAACAUCAUUCAAUGCAACUUAAUAAUCAUCAUCUAAAUUAA